GGCGGCCUGCCCCGGCAGGUUUCAAUUGCAAAACAUGUUGCCGUUGCGGCAGGUUCGAGUCGCAGUCGUCGUUGCAGAUUCGAUGAGGAGGAAGCUUCCAAUAAAACUGUUGCGUUCAUUGGCCAAACUUUCAGUUUCGUUGGGGCCACGCUGGUGGUUGAUUCAAUAAUAAGUUACAGAGACCCAGGUCCCUGAGUGAAGCCAAAGACGGAACAAACCCACUUUAAGCCCUCCCGCCACACUCGCAAUGCGUCUGUACUGGAAUUUCUUGGUUAUGGCAAUGCUGCUGGUCGUGACCGUCUCUAGCCUGAGACCGGCAAGGUCCUACUAUCGCAGAAGCUACUACAGUGCGCUGGCCCCGGGAUCCGGACAGGGCUCGGGUUCAGUGCCAGGACCCGUACGAUUGGCACCCUCUGGCUAUUUGCGCUCCGAUCUGCAGACAAACGAGAGCAAGCGCCGAGAUGUUACCAAGAAGUAUCCCAAGAAGUCCCACUACAGACCUUAUGGAUCGGAGGAAGAUGACUAUUCCGGAGAGCGUUACAACUCCGCCGAAUACUCGGGCGAGUCGUCCGUGCAAGACAGUCGCGAGUACACCAUCGGCACCCAGAUACGAGUCCAACAUCCCAUCACAGUACCCAAAAAGGCCGGACCCAGCUCCAGCUAUGCCAAGCAGCCCAAGUACGUGACCGCCAUUCCAUACAAGAGCAGCGGAGGCUUCCAAUCCGAUGUGCACGUGGGAUCUGGUGAGGAUUUGUCGCCACACAAGCGCCCCAAGUGGACUCAGGUGCAGUAUGAGCCAGAGCCAGAUCCAUUCCAUCUGGUGCCGCCGCCCAAGGCCACGGGGUCCUCCAGCAGCAACUCCUACAGCGUCUUCGAACCGGAUCAUGAUGACUACGACGUGGUGCCCCUGUCGCGUCCCAAGCCUCACGACCGCUACAAGAACGUGGCUUCCAAGAAACAGAUCGACGCGUACCUAGAGGACCAGCAGAAGCUGCUCGACGAUGCCAUCAAGCUGCAGCUGCUAAACAACCCCAAACUACAGAAAUUCCUCAAGGCUCAGGCUCACGAGCAUGAGCAGGAGUCCAGGCCGGAUCUCGACAUCGAAGACUUUGAGUCCUACCCGCCACCCAACUUCUCCGGCCCCGGCCCCCUGCGCAACAAAUACAUCGAACAUCCGCCACCACCGCCGCCCAAGGGCCCGCGCUCCCGGCGACGUCCACCAAGCGGAGAUCUGAAACGGCAGCCCAAGUCGAAGCCGAUCAUCAAGCCCAAGCGGAAGUACAGAUCAACGGCACUGGUCAUCAACGUGUAGAAAGCUGAGGUAGCCCUU